AAAAAAAAAAUUAUCUACAUUUUGCAAACAAGUAGAUUGAGAGGUGAGAGAACCCCAUUUGGGACCGGAACUGGACCGUUAUCUUACAACGACAAAACAAAAUGCCUUGGCUCCUGCAAUCUCUCCCGCCAAACCUCUCCUUCACCCAUUAUUAUUCCAGAACCAGAUCACGACCUUCUUCACCCCCAGCGCACAAUAGCAUCACCACCACCACCACCACCACCCAACUAGUAGUAGUGGCAGCGAGCACCAAAACCAUAAACGAAGACGAUUACCACUCCACCCUCCGUGCUCUCAACUCCAAAGGCCGCUUCCCUCGCAAAUCCCUCGGCCAGCAUUACAUGUUGAAUUCUUCUGUUAAUGAGCAACUUGUGGAUGUGGCUGAUGUUAAGGAAGGUGAUGUGGUGCUUGAGAUUGGACCAGGAACUGGUUCUUUGACUAGUGUUCUUGUAAAUGCCGGUGCCACAGUUCUUGGGAUCGAAAAGGAUGCACACAUGGCUGCACUUGUGAGAGAACGAUUUGCUAGUAUAGACCAGGUGAAGGUUUUGCAAGAGGAUUUCACAAAAUGUCACAUUCGCUCCCAUUUGGUCUCGUUGUUGGAAUGUAAAAAGUCAUUGGAUGGAGAAUCACAACAUGCCAAAGCUAUGAAGCACGAACACGGACACGAGACACAACAAUUUCCAAAAAAUGGGGACAUGGACACGGUCGUAUCCAAUAUACCUUUUAAUAUAAGUACAGAUGUAGUUAAACUGCUGCUUCCAAUGGGUGACAUUUUCUCUGAAGUUGUUCUCUUACUCCAGGAGGAAACAGCUUUGCGCUGGGUAGAAUCAACUUUGAGGACAUCUGAAUAUCGACCCAUCAAUAUCUUCAUAAAUUUUUAUUCAGAUCCUGAGUACAACUUCAAAGUCCCCAGAUGGAAUUUUUUCCCCCAACCUAAUGUUGAUGCAGCAGUUGUUACAUUUAGGCUGAAGCAAGCUGCAGACUAUCCCCAAGUUUCCUCCAUUAAAAGCUUCUUCUCAAUGGUCAAUUCUGCAUUCAAUAGUAAACGAAAGAUGUUGCGGAGUACACUCCAGCAUAUCUGCACAUCCCUGGAGAUUGAAGUCGCUCUUCGAAAUGUUGGUCUUCCAUCUACAUCGAGACCAGAGGAGCUCACAUUGGAUGAUUUUGUGAGGUUGCACAACUUGAUCACAAAGUCUCACCAUUAUGCGAUGCAACUUCUCAUCCUUCCAACAACUUAUCAUUUCGAGUUGGGUUCAGACCGCCGUGUUCAGUUGGAAAUAAUCAAAUCUUCCAUUGUUAAUCAUUGAGUUGUAUCAGACAAUAAUGUUUUUGUCAUACUGUAUCUGUAAAUGAAUAUAAACUUGUAGUUUCAUCACUUUAGAUCAAUAACUAUGCCAACUUAGAUUUGUAACAUAUUUGGUAUCAUUUUUGUU